AUGGCCACCGAGCAGAAGCAGCAGCUCAGCGGCGUUCAGCUCUACUCCCGCUUCGCCUUCGCCGGCGCCGUCUGCUGCUCCGUCACCCACGGUGCUCUGACUCCCGUUGAUGUCGUUAAGACUCGUAUCCAGCUCGACCCCAAGACCUACAACAAUGGCAUGCUCGGCGGCUUCAAGAAGGUCAUUCAGAACGAGGGUGCUGGUGCCCUUCUGACCGGUGUUGGCCCGACCUUCGUCGGCUACUUCCUCCAGGGCGCCUUCAAGUUCGGCGGCUACGAGUUCUUCAAGCAGCAGCACAUUAACUUCCUCGGCUACGAGACCGCCUCCAAGUACCGCACCGGCGUCUACCUCGCCUCGUCUGCUGCCGCCGAGUUCUUCGCCGAUGUUGCCCUCUGCCCUCUUGAGGCUACCCGUAUCCGUCUCGUCUCUCAGCCGACUUUCGCCAGCGGCCUGCUCAGCGGCUUCGGCAAGAUCCUGAAGAACGAGGGUGUUGGCGCCUUCUACGCUGGUUUCGGCCCCAUCCUCUUCAAGCAGAUCCCCUACACCAUGGCCAAGUUCGUCGUGUACGAGAAGGUUGCCGAGGCUGUCUACCGCGUCUGGCCCAAGAAGGACAUGUCCGACGGCCUGCAGACCACCGUCAACCUUGGCUCCGGUCUCAUUGCCGGUUUCGCUGCUGCCAUCGUCUCCCAGCCCGCCGACACCAUGCUCUCUAAGAUCAACAAGACCCCUGGUCUCCCUGGUGAGAGCACCACUUCCCGCCUGAUCAAGAUCGGCAAGGAGCUCGGCAUCAAGGGCUCUUUCACCGGUCUCGGUGCCCGUCUCUUCAUGGUUGGCACCCUCACUGCCUUCCAGUUCGCCAUCUAUCCCUUAGUCUCGCUCUAA